CUCCCUUUUCAUUAAAUAGAAACGAGAGGAAGGGAAAUAAGGCGACUCGUAGAGUUACCACCAAUGGGCUGCUCCCGGAGUACCACGUGGCCAGACUUCGAUCCAAUCAAGACUCACUGGUUUCAGAUUCAAACUGUCCCAAUGGUGUGCAUGUUGUGUUUGCCGGUCCCCGUGGAAACUGCCCGAUGAGCGUUCUCCUAUCGUGGCGGUCGAUGGAAGCGCGACUUGUCGGGCCUGGGCCGUACCGGGCCACCCGGCUGUGGAAUGAGACCAUUGAGCACUUUCGAGAUGGAAUGCCAUUACGGAGACAUCGUUGCCACUUCAAGAGCUAUGACCGUUGCUUCACAGCUACAGAGGCAGUGGACUGGUUACACAGACUCCUGAGGCACAACCAAAAUUUUAGCCCAGAUGUUACUCGGGCUCAAACAGUUCAGCUCCUUAAAAAGUUCCUGAAGAAUCAUGUCAUUGAAGAUAUAAAAGGAAGGUGGGGCAAAGAAGAUUUUGAAGACAAUGGUCACUUAUAUAGUAGCUUGCAGAAAACUUUAGGUUUGGAUUCUCUGAAUGAUGUGCUGGACACUAAAUUUGUGAAUCCAAAGCAUAUAAUUCAAAAUGUGUAUAAUGUCAACAAGCAGGGGGUUGUCAUUUUGGAAGAUAAAUCAGAAGAACUUCCUCACUGGGUGCUGUCAGCAAUGAAGUGCUUGGCAAAUUGGCCCACGUGUCCAGAUAUGAAACAACCAACUUAUUCAGGCUUUGAAAGAGAUGUCUUUAGAACCAUAGUGGAUUAUUAUGGACACAUGAAAGAGCCUCUUCUUACUUUCCAGUUCUUUGAUCUAUUUGUUAGUGUGUUAGGUCUUCUACAGAAAGAGAAACUGGCCAUUGAAGCACUGCAGAUUUGUUGUCUUCUUCUACCCCCGGCAAAUCGUCGAAAGCUACAACUACUGAUGACUAUGAUGGCCAGGAUCAGCUCAAAUAGGGAUCUGCCACCUCUCUCUGAUACGGCUGGGACAAGAACACUAAUGGUCCAAGCCUUUUCUCACUGUAUACUUUGUUCCAAGGAUGACGUAGACUUAGAUGAACUACUAGCUGCCAAACUGGUAUCAUUUCUGAUGGGCAAUUAUCAUGAGAUCUUAAAUGCUUCCCCUGCCCUGAAAUUUGCAGUAGAGGAGCACAUAGCACAUUUACGAAGAGUUCAGAUAAAAUAUCCAGGAGCUGAUACUGAUGCAACUUUUCCUGCUCCAUCAUUUUGUCACCAAAUCAGCACUGAUGAAUUUGAACACCAAAGAGCAAAUAGCUGUCAAGAGCAGUUGACCAGAUUAUUGGAAGAAAUUGCCAUGAAUACAGAAAUGUCCACCAAAGAGAAGAAGAAAAAGUUGAAACAGUUUCAGAAAUCAUAUCCAGAAGUAUACAAGAAGCGAUUUCCUACUCCUGAAAGUGAAGCUGUGUUAUUUCCAGAAAAAAGCAAACAGAAGCCACUGCUGUUGGCAUGGGCGUUCAGAAAGCCAUUGCAGCCAUUUCAAAGGACAAGAAGCUUUAGGACAAGAAGCUUUAGGACAUAGGACUAUGAAUGAGCUGGAUCUCAGUAAUGGUUGCAUUUGUGCAUUUGAAACAGUUGGGAUUUCAUUAAACUACUGAAAGCAUGUCUAAUGUGGGGGGAAAACUGGAACAGAAGACUGCUGUACUGAGCCAUUAUCAGUAUUUUGUAAAUCUACUGAGCUGGAUCCAGACUUAGUUAUGCUUAGAACAAGUCCAUUGAGAUCAGUAGGAAGAGUAAAUAACAAAUGUUCUGCUGAUUUCAAAGGCUGUACUAUAAUUAUGACUGUCUCUGGAUUCCAUCCUUUAUGUUUUUUCCUUGUUUGUUAGCUUUGAUGUUUUUUUAAAAAUGUUAGCAGAAAUCCUGUUCAUGCAGCUACACUUCAUAAGGCUCAUGAUGUCCAGAUGGUGGCGAUUUUCAGAAAGUAAAUAUUUCUCCCAUGGCCCCCAAUGGACUCCCCAUACUGAAAGGAGUGAAGGCGGGGGGGAUUAUUUCCAAAAACUGGAGCUGUACAAACAGGAUUUCGGUCAAUGAGAUGGAAGCUUGUUGUCCAUGUUUUUGUAUUCCCCUCUCAAAAAGCUACAAUUCAGUCAUGAAACCUCUAGGCAAAGGUUGGCAUGUGAUUUUAGACUGAAGCACUCAGCAUCUCACUUAUAUGUUAGCUAAGGCUGAUUUUGUUCUAACUGAAAAACUAGUAAUUUAAUUCAACCCAAUUCAAGACCUUAAUCUAUGAUUUGAAAAAAAAAAAGACUAUCUGAUUAUCCUGCAACCAAUCCAGAGCCUUUUAAAAAAAUCCUCCAUCCCCAGACAUUCUGACUGCUGACAUAGCCCCCCUGUAUUAGAUGAAAAAUUUCCAAAGUGGUUUGACAGAAAAAGGGUAAAUGAAAGAGGGAAACAUGGAAAAAAGUAAAAUGUUUUGUGUCUCUCUGUUUCUUUAACAUGAAACAUUUGUGUUUAAGAAACACUCUUUAAGAAUA